GGGCCUAAGACGCCCUGGCUCCGCCUCGUCGUCGCUCUGGCCAUCUGCAGAAGCUCUCGGUUCUCCAAGGGAAAGCCCACUCCCCUGCGGCGGCUUCUUCACCUUCCGCAUUCUCUCUGCCAGCCUCUGUCCCUGGCACGUGUAGGAAGAGAAAUAUUGACUCGAUUCUGAGGCAUUUCUUAUUCCAGAAAAUUCCAGGUUUUCUCCCGUGGGAAGGAGGAACACUUUAAAUUUCUUUUAAAGUUGAACUCAUCGUUGAGACAUCUUUGCAUAGCCUCAUCCAGGAAGGAGCUCUGUGAUGUGUGGAUUAUAAAUUUGCUCAAGCAAAUCAGAUUCUUCACAAAAAAUAACUAGAUGUGAAGACUAGGAUGGAAGAGCCAGCACCAGUGGAAGGCCAGGGCCAGCUCCCAAGCCCCCACCAGGGCUCUCUGAGGAAGGCUGUGGCUGCUGCCCUGGCCCUAGAUGGGGAAUCCACAAUGGGUCGUAGGAAAAAGAGGAAGAAGGAUUCCCGUCCAGAAUCUAUCAUCAUCUAUCGGUCAGAGAGUGAGAAAGUGGAUGAUGAGCUUGGGGAAUCAGAGGGUGGAGAACAGCCCAAAGAGGAAGAAGGAGACGAUUUCCUAGACUAUCCUGCUGAUGAUGGUAUGUGGAACAUGCCUUUGGAUAGCCGCUAUGUCACACUGACUGGGACCAUCACACGAGGGAAGAAAAAGGGUCAGAUGGUGGACAUCCAUGUCACGUUGACAGAAAAGGAGCUACAGGAAUUGACCAAGCCUAAAGAAUUAUUGAAGGAAACAACACCUGAAGGCAGAAAGGCCUGCCAGAUGGCAGCAGACCGCGGACCCCAUGUGGUCCUCUGGACGCUGAUCUGCCUGCCCGUGGUUUUUGUCCUCUCUUUUGUUGUCUCUUUCUACUAUGGCACUAUCACCUGGUACAACAUCUUCCUUGUGUAUAAUGAGGAAAGGACCUUCUGGCACAAGAUCUCAUGUUGCCCCUGCCUCAUUCUCUUCUAUCCAGUGCUCAUCAUGGCCAUGGCCUCUUCCCUGGGCCUCUAUGCUGCUGUGGUUCAGCUCUCAUGGUCCUGGGGAGCAUGGUGGCAAGCUGCCCAGGACAUGGAAAAAGGUUUCUGUGGUUGGCUCUGCAGCAAGCUAGGUCUGGAGGACUGUUCUCCUUACAGCAUUGUGGAAUUGCUUGAAUCUGACAAUAUCUCAGGCAAUCUCUCCAACAAGGAUCCCAUCCUGGAAGUAGAAACUUCUACUGUCUAAACUCCCAACACCUUACUUUCUUCUCUGGUCCCAGUAGCCUGGAUAGCACUCAAUUCCAGAAGAUUCUUUCUUUUGAUUAUUCCCUCCCCCUCACAGUCCUAGAAUAUUCUAGCCCACGCUGAUCUGCCCUACCAUCUUGUUGGUUCCAGGAGGGCAGGGAACAGAAAAGCAAUUUAUGGGAAAGUAGCCUAUACAAUAGACAAACUCUUCUUCAUUUCCUGCCCUAAAAUGGCUAUCUGGGAUAGGAACCUCAGUUGUUUGUCAGUUUAGGAGCUCGAAGGUGCUACUGGAGCCUGGAACCCAAGGGAGUAUAUGACUAAAUGUGACGGAGAAUAAGGACGCUCUGGGGGGAACCAAGUCCACCAAUAAAAUAAUAGAUAGGGAUGGAGUUAAACAUUUAGGAAGUACAGUAUAGCAGAAUGUAAAGAUUUGUGUGUGUCACUUAGGGUUUUAUUUAACUGCAUAUAAUUAAUAUCCCAAAAUAGAAGUUUAUUUCUUUCUUAUAUAGAAGAAGUCUGGAGGCAGACCAUCAGGCAGACCAUUGGGAUGCAGGCUUCUUUUAUUCUCCUACCAUUAGUGAGAUGUGAUCCUCAUCGCCCUUAUCUUUAACACCCCAGUGCUGUCUACAUCUGCAGCAGCCACAUCCAUGUUUCCGGCAGAAUAGAGGAGGGCACAGAAGAGCACAUUCUCUCUGUUCAAGGAGACUUCCCAGAAGUCUCAACACUUCUUAUAUCUCAUUGGCCAACUUUUAGUCACAUGACCUCACAAGCAAAAGAGGCUGGGAAAUGUAGUCUUUUGACUACACAGUUAUAUACCAGGUUAAAUGUUGGGGUUAUGCUAAUUUAAGAAAAAAGGAAAGAAUGGCUAUUUUGAUAGGCAAGUAAGAAUUCCAGUAAUUAUUUAAAUAUAUUCAGAUCUCAAACGGUGGAUAUAUUAUUUAUUUAUUUAUUUAUUUAUUUAUUUAUUUAUUUAGGCCUGAAUCUUACACAGAGAUUUUAUAUGUGGAUACUAGCUAUAUAUACUAUGUAUAUGCUAUACAUAGAUAUUAGUAACUCAUACACUUUGCAAUUAAAUAUCUAUAGUGUCAUGUGGUUUCAGGGUUUUUUAGAAAGGGAAAGUAAACAGUUGAGUACAAUUAUAUAAUAAGUACAACUAUAUAAUAGUACUAUAUAACAUUAGCAUAAUUUUUUUCCUAGAAUGAAUAAUUUUUUUUUUCCUAAUUAAAAAAAAAAAAUAGGAAUCUUAACAGGUAAAGCAGAUUUGGGAGGUUUUGGUCCUUACAAGAAUAUCUCAUUUCUUAUUCUUA